GGGUUGCUAGGCUGCGGGGCGGAGGGCGGAGCUCGGUGACACAGAGGGGCGGGGAUGUAGCAAGCCUUGCCCCUCGCCUCCCCACACUCCUCCACAAUCCGAGGCCGGAGGCGACUCAUCCCCCCGGGCCGGGGUCCCGGACCCUUCGUACGGAUUAUUGGAUCGGCUGCUGUCAGACUCCCGGGCUGGAACCGCGACAGCGUCACCUCCGCGGCGCUCUCUGCCCCCUGUAGGCUCUCCCACAGCUCCCUCCGUACGGACCGAACCUCCUGCAGGAACAGCCGCAGCGUACGUGCCCCCAGUUCUACCCCGGUCCCCCCCCCGCGCGGGCUCCAGUAUGAGGGUCCCAUUGUUACCGUUGGGGCGGCUUCGUUGGACAAUCCAUGGGAACUAACGGAUCAUUUGGGAAGCAGAACCCCCCCUUGUGCCGGCUGAUCAAGAACCCAGUUCCUCCCAGCUCACUGCAGAACUCGGCCCUUAUAUGAAGGUAAAAGACUUUGUGUGGACAGUAAUGACCGCGCGCUUCCGAUUGCCUGCUGGCAGAACCUACAAUGUACGCGCGUCGGAGCAGGCACGGGACAGACAGAGCGCAGAGGUGGUGUGCAACGUUCUUCUCCUGGAUAACACUAUUCAAGCUUUUCAUGUAAAUAAACACAGCCACGGGCAAGUCCUUCUAGAUUCGGUCUUCAAGUUCCUCGAUUUGACGGAGCGAGAUUAUUUCGGGCUGCAACUGGCGGAUGAUUCCUGCGACAACCCCAGGUGGCUGGAUCCGAACAAACCCAUCAGGAAGCAGCUGAAAAGGGGGUCCCCCCACAACCUCAACUUCCGGGUCAAAUUCUUUGUGUCGGACCCCAGCAAAUUGCAGGAGGAGUACACAAGGUACCAGUAUUUCCUACAGAUAAAACAAGACGUUCUGACUGGGAGGUUACCCUGUCCCUAUAAUACAGCGGCGCUACUCGCUUCCUACGCCGCGCAGUCGGAAUUGGGUGAUUACAACCAUUCGGAGCACUUGCCCGGGUACCUGGCCGAAUAUUCCUACGUCCCUGAGCAGCCCCUGGACUUUGAGAAAGAAAUAGCCAAGUUGCACCAGCAGCACCGGGGGCUGUCGCCGGCAGAAGCAGAAUUCAGUUAUCUGAACGCUGCUCGCACGUUAGAACUGUACGGCGUUGAGUUGCACUACGCACGGGAUCAAAGUAACAAUGAAAUCCUGAUCGGAGUGAUGUCGGGGGGAAUCCUGAUAUAUAAAAACAGGGUACGCAUUAACACCUUUCCAUGGUUGAAGAUUGUAAAGAUUUCAUUUAAGUGCAAACAGUUCUUCAUUCAGCUGCGGAAAGAGUUGCUUGAAUACCGGGAGACGGUAUUGGGGUUCAAUAUGGUGAAUUAUCGCGCCUGUAAGAACCUAUGGAAAGCGUGCGUGGAACAUCACACCUUCUUCCGUCUCGACUCGCCUCUUCCGCCCCAGAAGAACUUCUUUGCGCACUAUUUUACAUUGGGUUCCAAGUUCCGAUAUUGCGGCCGGACAGAAGUGCAGUCUGUGCAGUAUGGGAAGGAGAAGGCCAAUAAAGACCGGGUGUUUGCCAGGUCCCCAAGCAAACCAUUAGCCAGGAAGUUGGUCAGCGAGAUGGACUGGGAGGUUGUGAGUAGAAGUUCUCUGUCUAAUGACAGACUGGAGACCCAGAGCCUGCCCUCCCGCUCCCCCCCAGGGACCCCAAAUCAUCGGAAUUCCUCGUUGGCGCAGGAGCGCAGCCGCAUUCGCCCCUCCUCGGUGGGACACCUGGUCGACCGUAUGAUUCACGCCGCCCCCGGGGAGGUUUUCACCAACCAUCGCUCCCCAUCUUCCACCCAAGCCAACAGCAUCAUCCUGGACUCUCCGCCGACCCAGGACAAUGCCAUGGACACGCCCCCCCCGGCACUGCCGCCCAAGCAGUCCAAGAAGAACAGUCAGAACCAGAUUCACCUGUCUCCUUCCCAGCAGGACCUGGACAACCACAUCGACGAGCCCUUCAACGCCCAUUGGUCUCCAGAGAAAACCACGCCAAAUGGGCUCGUGCCCCACGAUAACCUGGUGCUGAUCAAGAUGCGACCGGACGAAAAUGGCCGAUUUGGCUUCAAUGUGAAGGGUGGUUUAGACCAGAAGAUGCCGGUCAUUGUUUCCAGGGUGGCGCCAGGAACCCCGGCCGACCUCUGUGUCCCGCGUCUCAAUGAGGGGGAUCAAGUCGUGCUGAUCAACGGGAGAGACAUCUCUGAGCAUACGCACGAUCAGGUGGUCAUGUUCAUCAAGGCGAGUUGUGAGAGGCACUCCCGGGAGCUUGUACUGCUGGUGCGCCCCAACGCUGUGUAUGAUAUAGUGGAGGAGAGGCUGGAGAGUGAGCCGGACUUUCAGUACAUCCCGGAGAAGACGCCCAUGGACGGGGUUAAUUCAGAUGACGAUGCUCUGAGGGAAUCCAUGAUCCAACUGGCGGAAGGACUUCACAAUGGGACGGUGCUGGCUCAGUUUGAUCAAUUGUACCGCAAGAAGCCGGGAAUGACCAUGUCUUGUGCCAAAUUACCUCAAAAUAUUUCCAAAAACCGAUACCGAGACAUUUCGCCUUACGAUGCCACGCGGGUGAUUUUAGCCGGCGGUGACGAUUACAUUAAUGCCAACUACAUCAAUAUGGAGAUCCCUGCUUCCUGCGUCAUCAACCGGUACAUUGCGUGCCAAGGGCCCCUGCCCAACACCUGCCCCGACUUCUGGCAAAUGACCUGGGAACAAGGCUCAGCCAUGGUGGUAAUGCUCACUACCCAGGUGGAACGGGGAAGGGUAAAGUGCCACCAGUACUGGCCAGAGACCACUGGAAGCUCUGAGUUUGGGAAGUUCCAGAUAUCCUGCCAUUCUGAGAAAGGAAAUCCGGCUUAUGUUUUCCGGGAGAUGACGCUCACCAACUUGGAGAGUAAUGAAAGCCGCCCCCUGACCCAGAUCCAAUACACGGCGUGGCCCGACCACGGGGUUCCUGAUGAUUCUAGUGACUUUUUGGACUUCGUGUCCCUUGUGCGCCAGAGGAGGAGUCACCAUGAUGAGCCGGUGGUGGUGCACUGCAGUGCUGGCAUUGGCCGGACUGGCGUGUUGAUCACCAUGGAGACAGCUAUGUGCCUGAUGGAGUGCGCUCAGGCCGUGUACCCCUUGGACAUUGUGAGAACGAUGAGAGAUCAGAGGGCGAUGAUGAUACAGACACCGAGUCAGUACAGAUUCGUGUGUGAGGCCAUUCUGCGCGUGUACAGAGAGGGGCUGGUACCGGCCGGGAAGGCGCCAUUUCAUGAAUAGGGGGGGCCUGGCCGCCAUCCGGAUACAAGCAGCGCAGCCUCGCGCCCCCCCCCCCCGAGGGAUCGGAACGGCAUCUCUCAGGGCCCCGGAGCGCCGACCCGCUGGGCAGAACCGGCCCGAGAGUUCUGGGAGGACUUGGAAGACUCAGCACUGUUGCACUUUACGUUCAAACGAAGAGAAUCGACAAACUUGACAUUUUUCACGCCUUGGAAACAUUUUUGUUUUUGUAACUUUUUGCUCUCGCGCUUUCGCUUCGGAGAAAGAGAAUGAAUUUAUUUAUGUGACUCCGACGCCACCGACACCCCCCCCGGCCCCCCACAAGGGCAGAUUUACAUUUCACCAGCCCCAUGGGACUCCCGGCUCUUCUAUGUAUUCAGUGACUCCGCCCCCCACGCCGCCUUCUCCUGGGGCCGCAGUGGAACCUUCAUGUCUCUUUGCCGCCAUAUUUAUCUGGGGAACCAGCGCCGCGGCCUGUUUAC